AUGGCUUCUGAAGAACCAUACCAAAACCCAACAAAUCCUGAAGAUCAAUCUCAAAAUGAAGAAGGCAGUGAUAAGAAAUUGUCCAAAAAAGAGGCCGCGAAACUCGAACGAAUGCGCAAACGCCAAGAAGCUGCGGCAGCUGCCGCAGCCACCAAUAUCUCUUCUAUGGCAAUUGACUCCGAGGAUCCAUUGGCCGAAAAUUACGGGGAAACCCCUCUAGAUGAUUUGAAGUCGAAGGAAAUUUCUGGCCGAAAGUGGACGGAAGUGAAGGCGUUGAAUGAAGAUUUGAAGGACCAGGUUGUUCUGAUCCGGGGCCGGGUACAGGCGAUUCGAGCCGUAGGGAAAAAGAUGGCAUUUGUUGUUGUGAGGGAACUGGGGUUUACGGUGCAGUGCAUUUUGACCGUGACGCCUGAUGUUGUGAGUGCCCAGAUGGUGAAAUUUGCCACCAGUUUGAGCCGGGAAUCAAUUGUUGAUAUCGAAGGAGUUAUCUCUGUGCCUGCUACUGCCAUCAAAGGCGCCACUCAACAGGUGGAGGUGCAAGUGAGAAAAGUUUAUUGUGUCAACAAGGCCAUUCCUACACUACCCAUUAAUAUUGAGGACGCUGCUAGAAGUGAAGAGGAAAUAGAAAAGGCUUUGAAGGCUGGAGAGCAACUUGUUCGUGUAAAUCAGGAUACACGAUUGAAUUUCAGGGUCCUUGACAUUCGCACGCCUGCUAAUCAAGGAAUUUUUCGCAUUCAAUGUCAAGUUGAAAAUAUAUUUAGGAAGUUUUUGCUGUCUGAAGGCUUUAUUGGUAUCCACACACCAAAAUUGAUAGCAGGCUCUAGUGAAGGUGGUUCAGCUGUUUUUAAACUCGAUUACAAAGGGCAACCUGCAUGUCUGGCACAGUCACCUCAGCUUCACAAACAAAUGGCAAUCUGUGGUGAUUUUGGUCGUGUUUUUGAGAUUGGUCCUGUCUUUAGGGCAGAGGAUUCUUUUACACACAGGCAUUUGUGUGAAUUCACUGGUCUUGAUGUUGAAAUGGAGAUCAAGGAGCACUACUCAGAGGUAAUGGAUAUUGUUGACCGCUUAUUUGUUACGAUGUUUGACAGUUUGAAUGAUACUUGUCAAAAAGAGCUCGAAGCCAUCAAUGAACAAUACCAUUUUAAGCCAUUGAAGUACCUGCGAAAGACCUUGCGGCUUACCUUUGAAGAAGGGAUUCAAAUGCUGAGGGAAGCUGGUGUUGAAAUUGACCCUCUUGGAGAUCUUAACACAGAAUCGGAGAGAAAACUAGGCCAGCUUGUUCUUGAGAAGUAUGACACGGAGUUCUACAUUCUUCACCGCUAUCCUUUGGCUGUUAGGCCAUUCUAUACCAUGCCUUGUUAUGAUAAUCCACUUUAUAGUAACUCAUUUGAUGUUUUUAUUCGAGGCGAGGAAAUCAUCUCAGGAGCACAGCGUGUCCAUGUGCCCGAUUACUUGGCAGAACGUGCACAAGCAUGUGGAAUUGAUGUCAAGACAAUAUCGACAUAUAUCGAUUCCUUUAGGUACGGCGCACCACCUCAUGGUGGGUUUGGAGUGGGAUUGGAGCGUGUGGUGAUGUUAUUCUGUGCACUCAACAACAUCCGCAAAUCUUCACUUUUCCCACGUGAUCCACAAAGGCUUGCCCCAUGA